AUGGCGGCGGCGGUGGCGACGCAGCAGCAGCGCAAGUACCAGUGGGGCGAGCUCGCGGACGACGACGGCUCCAGCGACCUCGGCCUCCUCCUCCUCCCGCCGCGGGUCGUCGUCGGGCCCGACGCGGGCGGCCUCCGGAAGGUGAUCCAGUACCGCUUCGACGACGAGGGCAACAAGGUCAAGGUCGUCACCACCACCCGCACCUGCAGCCUCGCGCGCGCGCGUCUCUCCAGGAGCGCUGUCGAGCGCCGCUCGUGGGCCAAGUUCGGCGACGCCGUCAAGGGGGACGACGCCGGCUCGCGCCUCACCAUGGUCUCCACCGAAGAGGUCCUCCUCGAGCGCCCACGUGCCCGAGUGUUAGCACAACGUCUGUAG